AGUGUUUUCUCCUGACACCUGCUGGUUGAAGGUAGACACUGCAGCCGGUGGAAGCCCUUCUCCUUCGGCUCAUAAACGCGUUUCAGUGAACAGUGACAGUCCCUUUUUAUGUUCAUUGCAGUUGGUUGCGUCUGUUGCCGCUGUGUGCUGCUCUCCUUCCUGAAAGACAACACUUGCAUUUGGAGCCGCGGAUGUCACUGCGAAGAGGUUGAGGCCGUAAAGGUAAAGAUUCCUGAAGAUCUUGUCAACUUGUCUCGUCAACUCCCACAUGGCAGUAAACUCACUUGAAGAUUAAACCAGGUACACUCAGCUCCAGAGCAUUGCCCUCGUAGAUGCCGCUCAGUCUCCGUCUUUGCAAAUGGCUUGCUGCUUGAAGGACGAGCUCCUCUGUUCAAUCUGCCUCAGCAUCUACCAGGACCCUGUCAGCUUUGGUUGUGAGCACUACUUUUGCAGAAAGUGUAUCACCGAGCACUGGAGCAGACAGGAGCUUCACGGAGUGCGGGACUGUCCUGAGUGCCGCAGGACCUUCACUGAUCCUCUCCUCUCGCCGAGUCUCAAGUUGUCCAACAUUGUGGAGCGCUACUCGGCCUUCCCGCUGGACGCCAUCCUUAACGCUCAGAGAAGCUCCUACCCCUGCAAGGACCACGAGAAGGUCAAGCUCUUCUGCCUCACUGACAAAAGUCUGGUGUGCUUCUUCUGUGACGAGCCGGCACUACACGAGCAGCACCAAGUAACCACUAUUGACGAGGCUUACGAAGAGAUACAGAGGGAGAUGAAGGAGCAGCUGGCCACCCUGCAGGACAGUGAGAAGGGACACACUGAGGCCCUGCAGCUCCUGCAAAGACAACUUACUGAGACCAAGUCCUCAGCCAAGAGUCUGCGCGCCACCAUCGGCGACGCAUUCGAGCGCCUUCACCGCUUCCUGCGCGAGCGCCAGAAGAGCAUGCUGGAAGAGCUGGAGAUGGACACUGCCCGCAAGCUGGCCGACAUCGAGCACAAGAUCCAGCGCUACAGCCAGCAGCUGCGCGACGUCAAGGAGGGCAUCCAGAUCCUGCAGGAGCGCCUUAACGAGACGGAACGACACGACUUCCUGGAGGGAGUCGCCGUCACAUCUGAGAGGUGCUUCACCUGCUCUGAGUUUGCUAAAGCAGUCCCAGUGUCAUCACUGCAGUCCAAUAAGAAACAAAAUGUGGUUGUAAACACAUUAUCUUCAAGAAGGAUCAGGAUUAAAGGGAAGAUACAUGAGACCAAUCUGACAUAUGAAGACUUCCCGACAUCCAAGUAUAUGGGGCCCUUACAGUACACAAUAUGGAAGUCUCUCUUCCAGGACAUCUCACCAGUGCCAGCAGCAUUGACCCUCGACCCCAUCACAGCGCAUCAAAGACUGAUCCUCUCAGACGAUUGUACCAUAGUGGCUUAUGGGAAUCUCCAUCCGCAGCCCCUGCAGGACUCCCCGCGCCGCUUUGACGUGGAGGUGUCUGUUCUGGGCGCAGAGGGCUUCUUGUCGGGCGUCCAUUACUGGGAGGUGAUGGUGUCGGAGAAGACCCAGUGGAUGAUCGGUGUGGCCCAUGAGACAGUCAGCCGCAAGGGCAGCAUCCAGAUCCAGCCCAGUCGCGGCUUCUACUGCAUCGUUAUGCACGACGGCAACCAGUAUAGCGCCUGCACCGAGCCGUGGACCCGCCUCAACGUAAAGAGCAAGCUGGAGAAGGUGGGGGUGUACCUGGACUACCACAAAGGCCUGCUCAUCUUCUACAAUGCCGACGACAUGUCCUGGCUCUACACCUACCGGGAGAAAUUCCCCGCCAAGGUCUUCCCCUACUUCAGCCCUGGCCAGAGCCACGCCAACGGCAAGAACGUGCAGCCGCUGCGAAUCAACACUGUACGCCUUUAAGAGCUGCACACAUCUGUGGUCGUGAUUGUCCUGACCAAUAAUUCACAGGACUUCUGUAGGUUUUAAAAAGAUGUUCAAGAAAUCUGUUUAAAAAUGUUUAAUAGGGUGUUUGAAAUGUUAUUUCUUUCAGUUCAGUGAAGACUUGUGCUUGAUGUUGCUCCUAAAACCUGAGCUGUUAUUGUUGCGUGACUUGAAAUGGCCAUACGAUAAUGGCCCACACUAAAUGGAGACAGUGGGACCCCUGGGCUCCUUUGCGACAGUGAUGUAAAAAAGUGAUUAAAGUCCCAGGCCCACCUUGCACACACUCCCAGGGGACAACGCUCUCCUUAUCAAGCUCCAGAUUUGUCAGACUUGACGUCCCCUCUCUGUUCAAGCAAGAGGACACUGAAGACUGGUCACUUGUCUUCAAUGUGCUGUACAGUUGGCUUAGCUUUGUGUGUGGAAUGUGAUUGACAACACUCGGCUCCCUUUUUGGCUUUCGUUUGGCCAGCAGUCCACCCUGAACUUGUCGAGUCUGUCGGCACUUUUUACUCCUGUCUGAGACCAGGAUCUUGGUUCCUCCUGCAGGUCCGUUCAGUCAAGUAUCAUUGCAAGGAAAGCUCUUGUUCUAUGUGCACCAGCGAUUAUCCGCAUCAUCUGGAACAAACUAAAGGAAUCUAAAAGUAGUUUAUAGGCUGCCCGUCCGUAUCAACUGCCCAGCCUACCCACGCGUGGUGGGAAGGUGUGUUUGGAGGGGGAGGUUGUCCAGAAAUAUGCUGCUACUGAUGGAGUAAGGACUUGCAUGAUUUUAUAUAGAGUAUCAAGGGUUAAAAGAAAUAGGUCUAUCAUCAUGCUGGCUCAUGUUUAAGUUUCUGCUCCAAAACCACAAGUUUGCUAGCCAUCAGCGUUCACUAUACCUGUGGGUUUUUUUUGUCCACUUCAGUGUUGAAUUCAAGUUCUUUUCUGCUUUCAGUCAUUAUGUUUGAUCAUUUUGUCUUAAAAUCAAAAGAACAUUACAUUUUAUUAUUAAUUAAUGCAGUCUGAGUAGAAGAUAUCUCCUAAUUGUAAAAGCAUAACUUCUCAGAUUUUAAAAAUCUAAGAGGUUAAAGAUGAAUUAUUACUAAAAUAAAUUUACAGAGACCAACAGCCUCUCUUAUUUUAAAUCAUAUAAUUUAUGUAAAUGAAGUCAAGCUAUGUUUUGAAAAAUUAUCAAGGAAAAUGAUAGACUGAUGGACUGGGGAUAAAUAUGCUAUUCCUCUGCAACUGGCAUUCCCAAGGCUGUCACUGUGUUACAUAGUAAAAGAAAAAGACUGAUUAUUCCCUUCCAUGUUUAUUUCUUCGCCCUCAAGUGCUCUUGUUCAUCAUUAGUUGUACACAAGUCCUGCAGAAUCUGCUCUAAGAGGCUCUGGUCGCUCAGCCAAGUCCAGCAUACUGAGGGAUGUGUCUGUGGGUGGGUGGGCAUGUGCAUGGGUAUGUCUAUGCAGCCUGGUUCAGCUAUAAUUUUAAAUCCAGCUUUGGUUGUGCUUGAUAAAGCCCAUCUGGCCCUCCGAGCAGAACCAUGCAGUGGCCAAAAGUGAUUAUUAUAGAAUACUUUGGAAUCGGGUAGAAAAUUGGUAAAUCUACAGCAGCAAAAAAAGAACGAGCAAAAAUAAAAUCACCUCACCUUUCCUUUGCCACUGUACAUCUUAGCAUUUGUGUGUGUUGUCUGUGUUGUACAUUUAAAAGAAAAUUGGGGCAGUGCCCUUGUUUUAGUAGGAUGUGAUUCCUGUAUGUGCAGUAUGGUGCAAACUAGGGUCAAAUGGUGAGCAUCUGCAAACUAUUUUGGUAUUUGUUUUAACUUGUGCAGAUCUGCAGCAGCAACGGGCAGAUCUACUAAGUUAAACAACCUGGGACAGGUCUUUUUCCUUCCUUACUCAGGAAAUGUAUCCACAUAACUCUGUAAACCUGUUUUGUGAAACAGGAUUUAUGUCAUUUGUGAAGAUAAUAAUUACCAGAAGGUUUAGAUGAUCAGGACAGUAUUUAGUCAUUUUACUUCUCUCUGACUGAGACUCUAUUUAUUGUCCUUGAGAAGUAAAUCCUGACCAGCUGGUGCUUCAAAACAAAUGCUUAAAUUUGACCCAAGUUUGCUGUGUUGCAGACUUCAGUGGAGUCUGCUUCAUUUAAGACUUUCUGUUUGAAUAUUAAGGAGAUUAUUGUGAGGUGAUGUUGGGUGACUGGUGAUGGUGAUGACACUAACUGUUAACAUGAUUUAUGAUGAUAACUAUGACACUUUUAAUGAUUGUGUUUUGGAUGAUGGUCGCUGUGCACCCAUCAUUGUGUGAACACACUCUAGUGUGCUUUAGCUGCAGCUGAGGUUUGUGGGAAAUGUGUUAAUGUUACAAUAAAUUACUGCUAAAAUCA